GCCACACUAUUCACCAGAGCUGAAGGAAAAAAGGGGAAAAUAAAAACUAACUCGGACGAAGCAACAACAAGCAGAAGUUUCGCCAGCGGAGUGAACUGAGCAGAUUGGAUUGGAAAAACGCAGCACGACCUUAAACAGAUCGGCAUUCAAUAUGUUCGCCAGCAAAUUGUUGCUAUGCUCGGCCCUGCUGAUGCUAAAUGGCGCAGUGCUCUCCCAAACAUUGAUUGGUUUGCCGGGUUUCAAGACUCCUGAAACGACUUCGGAACACCCAUCAACCAACAGCACAACCGCAUCCACCUCAACAACAACGACUUCUACAACUACAGAGAAGCCAAUCACCACCAGUUCAACAUCGACGAUCCCGCCGACCACCCCCACAACCUCCACUGAGCCACCAAAGACGACGACCACACCAGCACCAGCGCCAACCACGACCCAUGCUCCUCAACCUUUUCCGGCGCCCUCCGUGGGCACUUGGAAUGCCUCCUGCAUUAUGCUCCAAAUGGCAGCCCAGCUUAACUUCACCUACGAGGAUAAGAAUGGAAACCUUACCCACGGUCUUUACAACAUCCCCAGCAACGCCACAGUUGAAGACAAAGAGUGCGACAGACCGACCAUCCAGAAUGUUCAUCUGAUUUGGGGACCCAAUACUUCCAAGCAAUCGCUGCUGAUGUAUUUCGACAAGAAGAACGACACCACUGUGCUCUCCUCCAUUCAAAUCCAUCUGACCUUGCUUGCUGAGGACUUCCCCGAUGCCAAGGAAAAUCAAACGCUUCAGCUAAUUCAUAGGAGCGAUGGAGAGUUCAAGACUCCCGAAAAGAUGUCAUACCAUUGCACACGAGUUCAGAAGUUGAAUCUGACCGAGACCAUCGAUGCUAAGGAAUUGAUUGGAUGGAUCAGCGUCAGUCAAGUCCAGGUGGAGGCGUUCCGGGCCACCAACGCCACUGGAUUCUCAACCGUGCACGACUGCGAUAGCUCUGAGACGUCUGACGUAGUGCCCAUUGCCGUUGGAAUUGCCCUGGCUGCACUUAUUCUGGUCGUUCUAAUCUCUUAUCUGUGUGCUAGGCGUCGCUCCACCUCCCGUGGCUACAUGAGCUUCUAAGAGAAGGGCAUCAGCUUAUUUUGGGGCAGGUUAGGAAUGGAAUUGAAGGAGAACGGAAGGCAAAUCGUUAGAGAGAAAAUUAAGAUUGAUUUUGAUAAUUGGAAGCUGUCUGUGAAUAUGAGAAACGAUCCAUUUUGUUUUGUUCCUUUUGAUUUGUAGAAGUUGAAGUGGUUUGUUUUGUCUAGGAACGAGAGAAAGAGGGAAAUAGAAAAUCAGCAAGCAUAAUGUUGGGUAAAGAAUAUCAAAAAGUACGAUCUAUAAUGCUGUUAAUGUGUCUGUAACUGUCAAAACUUUGUAUUGUGAAAUGAAAUUAUUUUUGAUUUGUCGAUUUGACCGAAUUUUCUUGAUAAGAACAGAACACUAAAUUUUAAAAUUGCAAUAGAAGCACAUAUUUUACUCCAUAAACCAAUCACUUAAAUUUUACUAGCGUGUCAUUCAAAUAAGGUGAAAUCGAGCGAGGACAAGGUUAUGAUGGUGGUUACGUACUAUACGCCAUUUGACGAUACCAAGGCGAUAAUUUUCAAUCCAAGCUGUCGAAAUUUUAAAUUUUCAAAUCUUAUAAUAUCAGAACACAAAAAUGUAUGUAUUACUGGCCUUGAGAGCGUAAUAAAGAUAAAAAUAUUCAAAACCAAACUAAA